AUGGGGUCGCGGAGGCCCCUGAGCCGCGAGUGGGGCUCGGGCGUCCGGUCCGGAGCGGGGGGUGACGGCGAGGACGACGGGCCGGCGUGGACCCCCAGCCCGGCCAGCCGCAGCUACCUGCUCAGCGUGCGGCCUGAGACCAGGAGCACCUUCUGCUCCAUCAUUGCUCAGCUAACAGAGGAGACCCAGCCGCUAUUCGAGACCACACUCAAGUCCCGGGCUGUAUCUGAGGACAGCGACGUCAGGUUCACCUGCAUCGUCACAGGAUACCCGGAGCCGGAGGUCACCUGGUACAAGGAUGACACUGAACUGGACCGCUACUGUGGCUUGCCAAAAUACAAGAUCACUCACCAGGGCAACCGCCACACCCUGCAGCUCUACAGGUGCCGAGAAGAAGAUGCUGCCAUCUACCAGGCCUCUGCCCGGAAUGCCAAGGGCAUCGUGUCCUGCUCAGGGGUGCUGGAGGUGGGCACCAUGACCGAGUACAAGAUCCACCAGCGCUGGUUCGCCAAGCUGAAGCGCAAGGCUGCGGCAAAGAUGCGUGAGAUAGAGCAGAGCUGGAAGCAUGGGAAGGAGGUGGCCGGGGAGGCCGACACCCUGCGCAAGCUCAGCCCUGACCGCUUCCAGCGCAAGCGGCGGCUCAGUGGGGCUGAAGUGCCAGUCCCCUCAGCCCCUCCUAGGGAAGCUGAGAGUGGGACCUCCACAGCCUGGCAGGAGGGAGAGACUGAACCUACUCAGCACCCAGGCCUCGGCCUGCUCAACAGUUUUGCUCCCGGGGAGGUGACCACCAAUGGGGAGGCAGCCCCAGAGAACGAGGAGGAUGGGGAGCAUGGCUUGUUGACAUACAUCUGUGAGGCCAUGGAGCUGGGGUCCCAGAGAGCCCCCAAAAAGGAGUCUGGUGCCAAGAAGAAAAAGAAAGAUGAGGAACCUAAGCAAGGCCUGCGGAAGCCAGAGUUAGAGAAAGCAGCCCGAGGACACCAUCCUUCUGAAAACCGUGUCCCCAGUUCAGACAAGCCUGACUCCUGUGGGAUGCAGGGGCCCAUGAACGUGGAGCAGAUUCAGACCCUGACCAGAGGCAGGGCUGCACGGGGGCCUGGGUCCUCUGAAGCAGAUGGUACUAGGAAGCCAGCAUCUGCUAAAGGCACUGGAGACAAGACCCAGAAUGCCCCUGCUCUGGCCCCUGCUCCAACCCCUGUCCCUGUCCCAGGCCCUGUCCCAGCUCUGGGUCCAGACCAGGAAGCAUACUUCUCCCUGAAGGACAGGUAUCUGAAGAGCACCCAGGCAGGUAGGCCUCAGGAGGAUGGGUCCCAAGCCACAAGUGGCAGGGCACCCAGAGCGCUACCCUUGGGGAAAGUAGCUGGCCAGGCAAGAGUCGAGAAGGAGCCUGUUGCCCCUGGCCAGCUCAUACCUUCCCCAGUCUCCCAGCCAAUGAGGCCUUUCAACAGGAAGAGAUUCGCCCCUCCGAAGCCCAAAGGGGAGCCUACCACCAACAGCAGGCCCGAAUCUUCCCUGGGUCAGGCUCCAGAGCCCAGGCCCCAGGGCUUAGGGAAGUCCCCAACUCAAGCCUCUGCCACAGUGCCGACGCCCCCUGCCCGGAGGAAACACAGCACCCGGGACAGCCCCCUGCAGGGGCGAGCAGGCCUCAGGUCUCCAGGAGAAGCCUUGGAGUCCCAGGCAACCAUGGUUCCUAUCACAUCGGCCAGCAGCAGCUCUGAUGCAGCCUCCUGUGGUCCCAGCACCUCUGGAAGUCAGGGCACCAUUGAGCCCAUGGAUACAGAAAGCCAGGAGGACAGGAGAACCUCUGCUGACCAGAGAACAGGAGGCAACAAGAAUAUACAGCUGGAUGGGAAGACACAGAUGGACAGGAGGGUGCUGGCAGAUGGGCAGACACAGGGAAACAGAACACAAACAACCCAGAGGAUACAAGCAGAGAGCAAGACACAGAUGGAUGUUGUGACACAAGAAAGUGGGAGGACACAGGCAUACAGGGGUUCACAGGAGGAUGUGGUGACACAGGGAAGGGCAGGGACACAGGAGGAAAGGACACAGGCAGAUGAGAAGAUCCAGGAAGACAGGAAGACACAAGCAGAUGAGAGGACCCAAGAAGACAGAAGGAUACAGGGAGAAAAGGGGAGGCCGUUAGAGGGGAAUGUACCCACAGCUGUAGGAGGCCAGCCGGAGGAGGAGCCCAUGAACAGCCUCAGCUCACAGUUCAGAGCUCCUGUGUCCCCACCUUCAGAGGGCCCUAGGCCUCCUCAGAUUACUAGAUGCUUUGAGCAGACCCCAGAAGGGUCUUCUGUCCCAGAAAAACCUGCUUUUGUGCUCAGCUCUGAGGAGGCAGCAGUAACAGCCCCAAGAAAACAUGAGGAAACUGUGCUGGGCCCCCUGUCAGGGAGCCUCACGCUCCCAGCACAUCUGCCUCCUGAGGGGAGCUUGGAGCAGAUGGGAGGAAAGAGAUGUCAAGGGCCAGGGUGGUCAAGCCCAGCCAAGGGAAAGACAGACGAUAGCUUGUUCCAGUGCCCCAAGGAGGACCAGCUGGGGAAAGUGCUGUCUGUGGAUCUGAGCAGCUGUCCUUCAGCUGUCCUGAGCCCAGAGGUACCCACUGUGUCCUCACUUACUGAGACUGGCCUGACCAAUAGCCCACCGCAGGGACUGCCCAGCGCUCUGACUUCUCAGCACAGGAGCACAACUGCCGCACUGCCCUCUGGGGCCCAGGUCUUGCUUGGGUCUUCCCCCACGUUGCACCCAGGGCCACGGACUCCCACCCAGAGUCACCCACCAGAAACCAUAGCUGCUAGCAGUGAGGGGGCCUGUGCCAAGGUGCCAGAUGUGGAGGGUACGACCCCAAGUCCCCAGAGGUGUGACCCUGGCCUCAUAGAUUCCUUGAAGAACUACUUGCUUCUGUUGCUAAAGCUGUCUGGUGCAGAGACAAGUGGAGGGGUGGCAGAGUCCCAGACAGGUGUGGCCUCUGGUGUCCUGGCGUCCUCGCCUACUCUGGUCCCCACAGUAGAAGUGGCUGGCCUGAGCCCGAGGACGUCGCGGCGCAUCCUGGAGCGUGUGGAGAACAACCACCUGGUGCAGAGUGCACAGACUCUGGUGCUAAGCCCCUGCACUUCCCGCCGCCUUACUGGUCUCCUGGAUCGUGAGGUCCAGGCUGGUCAGCAGGCCUUGGCGGCUGCCCGGAGCUCCCGGGGCCCUCGCCCCAGCCCCCUCACUGUCCCUGCCAUCGUGGUAGGCGACGAGGGCCCUGGGCCAACCUUGGAAGAAGGAUCCAGUGAGGGUGAGGGUGAAGGUGAAGGAGAGGUUUCCUUUGAGGGGCCUGACCUCCUAGGGGCCACCUCGGAGAACAGCGUGGGUGGGCCUUCAGGGGAGGUGAGCGGGCAGGCAGCCCCCAGCCAGGAGGGACUGCUCUCAGCAAAGAACAGGGCCCAGGAGCUCUUCCAAGAGGAGACAGUUCCAGGGGAGGCUCUGACAGGUCUUCCUGCAGCCACACCUGAGGAGCUGGCUCUGGGGGCCCGGAGGAAGAGAUUUUUCCCUAAGGUUAGAGCAGCGGAAGAGGGGGAGGCGGCCAAGCCCGAAGAAAGGGAGAGUCCCACAGUUUCCCCCCGGGGGCCCAGGAAGAGCCUGGCUCCUGGGUCCCCAGGGACUCCGGGGCGGGAGAGACGCUCCCCUACCCAGGGCAGGAAGGCAGGUCUGCUGGAGGUGCCGCGGGCAGAGGAGGAGCCGGCCCCAGGAGACCUGGGCACCAGCACCAAGGCCAGUGGUCUGGAUGCAGAGCUGGCCCUGGAUGAAGGCAAGCAGGACGCUGUGGCCAAGUCCAGGAAAGCCAAAGACCUGCUCAAAGCCCCACAGGUGAUUCGGAAGAUUAGGGUGGAGCAGUUUCCUGAUGCCUCGGGCAGCCUGAAGCUCUGGUGCCAGUUCUUCAACGUUCUUAGUGACUCAGUCUUGACAUGGGCCAAGGAUCAGCACCCAGUGGGUGAGGUGGGCAGGAGUGCAGGGGACGAGGGACCGGCAGCCUUGGCCAUCGUGCAGGCAUCCCCUGUGGACUGCGGCGUGUAUCGGUGCACCAUCCACAAUGAGCACGGCUCUGCCUCCACUGACUUCUGCCUCAGCCCUGAGGUGUUGUCAGGAUUCAUUUCCAGAGAAGAAGGCGAAGUUGGAGAAGAGAUUGAGAUGACCCCCAUGGUGUUUGCUAAGGGUCUGGCUGACUCUGGUUGCUGGGGGGACAAGCUCUUUGGGCGCUUGGUAAGCGAGGAGCUCCGAGGGGCUGGACAUAGGCGUGGCUUCCAGAAGGCCUCCCAGGCCAAGGUCAUCUAUGGUCUGGAACCCAUCUUCGAGUCAGGCCGCACCUGCAUCAUCAAGGUGUCCAGCUUGCUUGUGUUUGGGCCAAGCAGUGAGACCUCUCUCCUGGGCAGAAACUACGACGUCACUAUCCAGGGGUGCAAGAUCCAGAACAUGAGUCGCGAGUACUGCAAAAUCUUUGCGACUGAAGCCCGGGCCAUGCCUGGCUUUGGGGAGGUGCCCGAGAUCAUCCCACUGUAUCUGAUCUACCGGCCUGCAAACAAUAUCCCGUAUGCCACCCUGGAGGAGGACCUGGGCAAGCCCCUGGAGUCUUCCUGUUCCCGGGAAUGGGGCUCUGCUGGGGCCCCAGCAGCAGCUCGCAACUCUGAGGCCGUGCAGAAAUGCCAGACCUUCCAGCACUGGCUGUAUCAGUGGACAAAUGGCAGCUUCCUUGUCACAGAUUUGGCAGGGGUUGACUGGAAGAUGACUGAUGUGCAGAUUGCCACCAAACUGCGAGGGUACCAAGGCCUCAAGGAGUGCUGUUUCCCUGCCCUGCUGGACCAGUUUGCCUCCUCACACCAGUGCAAUGCCUACUGUGAGAUGCUGGGGCUAAAAGCCCUCAAGGGCCCUGAGGCUGUCCAUGCCCAGGCCAAGCCCAAAGGCUCCAAGAGCCCAUCGUCUGGCAGGAAGGGUACCCAGCUGAGUCCUCAGCCCCAGAAGAAAGGCCUGCCUAGUCCUCAGGGCACACGUAAGAGUGCCCCAAGCUCCAAAGCCACUCCUCAGGCCUCAGAGGCAGUCACUGCCCAGUUAUUGGGGCAGCCUGCCACCCAAGAAGGGGGCUCCAAGGCCCAGGGCAUGCGGUAGCCCCUACAAGAGGCUGGGGGCCUCCACUCAACAGCAGACCAACCAGGAAGCAGCUUGAACCUGAUGGAGAAUUUCACAGUAUGGAACUAACUGGAGAUGGUGCAUUGAGGAGGCACCACUUGGGGACUCCUCUGAGCAGCCUCUCCUCAGUCAGCUCCUCAUCAGACGGCUUUGGUGUGCACCACACACCGGCCUCUCCUGGUGCCAUCCAUCACCCAGGGCUCCCAGGUCUUGAGCAGCCCCACCUCCAAGCGCCUGGCAGCCUGGGCCCUCCUUGAAGUUUACACUCACCACUGCUGGAGGCUCCUGGAGUCCUCUGCAUGAGUUCUGCAUCCCACCCCUGCCCCCAGCCAAACCCUGCAGUGAAUGUUGUCCUCUGGGGGCAUUCAGGCCCAGCAUCCACCCUCCUGCCCUUACUUGGCCCUGAUCCCUCCCUGUCCUCAGGGCUCCAGACCUGCCCUGCUGUGUCUGGCCCAGUGACUCUCAGGGUCUCUCCUCCUUGCAGUUACUUUGCCUCAUUCAUCCCAGCUCAUCCUGCAACUAACCUGCUCUGAGCCCAGAUGGGGUUGAGGGCCCUUCCAGCGCCUGUCAUGUCCUUGUGCGGUGGUCUUUGAUGAUGCGUGUUCAUGCUCUUGCUUCCUCUGUCACUCAGGCACUCACUCAUUUGCUUCCCAUGCCCCCUUGCACCUUGCAUACCCCUGGCUUUGAGCUCAGUUGCAGCCUGCUGUCUGCCCUUUCCUGACUCUGCCUGAGGGCUACUCUUGCCCUACUUUAUACCUGCCCACCAGAACCUAGGAGAGGAGCUGACCCUCUGGCCUCUCACUCAACCCCAGUACACUUUUCCCUCCUUCUCCCAAGCUCUUUGCCCAUGAGGCGAGGGAAGGCAUUAGGAUUUUGUGAGCAGCUGUGGCCAGAAGGAAGGUGUUGAUUUUCAGGGACCUUGUGCUCCAUACUGAAAGGAGGUGAGGUCACAGUGACUGUUCCGCAUGGGGGAGUUCUAGGGAGAAUGCAAUCCAUCCAUGUGCUGGGGUAGGAACUAGGACCCCUGCCAUGAACCAUUAGCUCCUGAUCCUGGGGCUCCAGUGCUGGGGCCUCCUGUAUGGACUCCCAAGGAAUUGCUGUGCUUGGCCGGCACCCUGGAUCCUCCCUGAGCAUCCCUCCUUGAAGCCUGGGAUGGGCUGGAUCUGGAGUUAGCCUGCUCCCCUUGGAAUGCAAUAAAGGCAGCAACUGUGUAUCCUGCUCACCCUCAUCUGGUGUGAUCGAAGGUCUAUGGGUGUCAGGGCCCUCUCUCCAGGCAGAUUCUUCAAGGGUGUUCUGUAAUCCCUGGGCCCACUU